CGCGUGACCGGCGGCCAUCCCAUCCAUUCCUACUCCGCCGCAGCAGGUGGUGGUGGUGGUGGAAUGGCCACUUUUCUCCCCGACCGAACAAAGUCACCAGAAAAAUCCUCUCGUUUAACAAAGGCAUACAAACCCAGCCUAGCCUAGCCGCCUGCCCCCUCGCUCCCCGCAAAGAGUUCGAAUCCGGAGGGAGGAGGACCGAUCGAUGGCGGCGUUCGGCAACGGCGGCUAUGGCUACUCGUCCGGGUCAGAUGGGGAGGACGAGGAGGAGGGGCCCGAGGGGUACCGGAAGGGCGGGUACCACGCCGCGCGGCCCGGGGACCGGUUCGCCGGCGGGAGGUUCGUCGCGCAGCGGAAGCUUGGCUGGGGCAACUUCUCCACCGUCUGGCUCGCGUACGACACCCUCCUCAAGAGGUUUGUGGCGCUCAAGAUACAGAAGAGCGCGAGGGAUUAUGCGCAUGCGGCCCUCCAUGAGAUCGAGUUACUGUCGGCGGUAGCCAAGGGUGACCCGACGAAUUCCAAGUGCGUUGUGCAAUUGCUGGACCAUUUCAAGCAUUCUGGUCCAAAUGGUCAGCACAUUUGUCUGGUAACCGAGUUCCUUGGCGACAGCUUGCUGCGGCUGAUACGGUACAACAGGAACAAGGGCAUUGGGCUGAGCAGAGUGAGGGAAAUUUGCCGGUCAGUGCUGGUUGGUCUUGAUUACCUGCACAGGGAGCUUGGCAUCAUCCACACGGAUUUGAAGCCAGAGAAUGUCCUCCUUGUGUCGACAAUAAACCCAUCGAAGGACCCAGUGCGCUCCGGGUUUACCCCGAUCUUGGAAAGGCCUGUGGGAAACCAAUAUGGUGGAAAGGUGACUAGUUUCAGUGAAAAGAUGCUUAAGAUACGGGCGAGACGUGCCGUGGCUAAGAUUUCACUGAGGCGGGUGUCUCUCGGUGGAGUUGGGGCGGAGGUGGAGAAGGAGAGAAGUCUAGAUGGCAUUAGUAUGAAGUGCAAGAUUGUCGAUUUCGGGAAUGCCUGCUGGGCUGACCAGCGGCUUGCUGGUGAGAUACAGACAAGGGAGUAUAGAGCCCCUGAGGUUAUCAUCGGUUCUGUGUACUCUUAUUCAGCCGAUAUGUGGUCGUUCGCUUGUAUGGUAUUCGAGCUUGCCACAGGUGACAUGCUGUUUGCUCCUAAGAAUUGCCAGGGCUGCAAUGAAGAUGAGGAUCACCUAGCUCUGAUGAUGGAAACACUUGGAAAGAUGCCUAAGAAGAUUGCUAGCUCAGGUACCCAUUCCAAGGUUUACUUCGACCGACAUGGAGAUUUAAAGAGGAUCAGAAGGCUCAAGUUCUGGCCUUUGGAACGUGUACUUGUCGAGAGGUACAAUUUCACUGAAACGGACGCCAACGGGUUUGCUGACUUUCUUCGACCGAUCCUAGAUUUUACUCCAGAAAAUAGGCCCACUGCCGCGGAGUGUCUGAAGCACGCAUGGCUCAACUGAUUCGACAAUACAGUGACCUGGAAGCCUGACUGAUAACAGCUUAUAGAUUUGGCUCUGUCGGAGUGCUCAUUUUGACUGGCGCUUGCGACGAAUCAUGGCCUUCGGUCUUUGUUCACCUAUCUGGUGUUACGUGGGCUGCAAGAGCUAGUAUUGCUGGCGCAGCUUGACAAAUUAUUUGUAGUGGCAGCAAUGAUGGUGGGGUUACCAUCGUCACGUUGCAUUUCUUCAUAACAUCCUGUGUUUUGAUGUAGCGAGUAGCGUGAUUUGGGUGCAGAGCUGAUGAAUUGUUGAUUCUGCCUAUUUGUGCUGGCAUGAACUAGGAAGUGUAAGGUGUUUGGUAAUGUGAUCUGGCCAUCAGCCUUUUUUUCCCCUUC